UGUGACUCAAUUUGAUGAUAAAUACAUAAAGCCAAAACGGAAGGAUGUGGGUUACUCAUUUACAUAUUAUUUAGUAAAUUUAUGUAGUAAUUAACUAAAUACUGUUUGCAUUAAAAAGCAAGGUCUUCACCUGACCGCAAAAAUAAACUCGUGUCUGUGUUAAAUUGUUUGGUAACUUAUUUAUUUAUUAUUUGUCUAGAACGGACGGAAAUGGUAAUUUAUUUUUCUUGUAAAGAUUUACGACUUGAUAUCUGAAAAAUUUGCGAUUUUGUUAAAGAAGUUGAAACAAUAAUAAAAAAAGUGCUAAAAAAUUUACAAUUUGAAAAAAAAUAAAAAAAAAACUUUGCAAUUUUAUUAAAGAAGUUGAAGCAUUAGUUAAAAAAACAGUGCUAGAAAAUUUAUGAGUUAAUAAAUCGGAAAAAUUUUAAAUUUUGUUAAAGUAGUUCGAGCAAUAAUUUAAAAAAAAGUGUUCAAAAAUUUACGAUUUAAUAAAUCAGAAAAAUUUUUGAUUGUAUGAUUUUUUAAAGUUGAAGGGAAAAUAAAACAAAACUUUAAACUUCAAAAUUUGAAAAUGAAGCUUGUUAAGUUUCCCGUAAGCCCGUUAAAAUUUUUCCUAAUUUUCCUGCUAAUUGGACCAACGCUGUGUUUGUCGGAGUCCUUUGGAUGCCCGGGAUUUGAAAGUGCUGAAGAAAUCGGAAGGACUCCGCCAAUCUUAACGUUGUCGAAAUUACCGAGAUUAGAAAUGCAAGAAUUUCGGAAUAACGACGUUGUCAUCAAUGCGACCAAGAUUACCCCGAUAAAUUUGGACUGUUGGGCUGCCUAUCCAAUCGACCUGACUUUUUCAGGACAUUUGACUAAUCAGAAGGCCGAGAUCCGAACAAAAGUGACGGGCUACACGGGAUCGAACGGUGUCUCAUCGCACUGCUAUCAUAUCAACGUCACUCUCACGACGUAUCAGGAAAUCUCGGGGAAUUACUCCUGCUUCCAAGUCGAAAAUCCGACCUUGGUCACGUCCAAGUUCAUCUUUGUUCAAACUCCUCCACGGAAUAUUAUGCUGCGAAGUGGAGAAUCGAUCAGGAUUGUGGUGAAUCCUGCACAGAAAACGGUCACCUUGCCGUGCGCCAUUUCAAAUAGGAAUAUGGCGAAAGAUAUUCAACUCUGGAAAAUUGACGGGAACUCUCAACUCUGGCUGCGUCAAUCAUCGAUGGUGAAGUAUGAUCCAAAAGUCGGAUUUGUAAUGAGCUUGGGAACGGAACCGGUUGACUCCACGUUUCUCGGAAGCUAUCAAUGCGGUCGAGAUUUCAGGGAUAAGGUCAAAGUGGAACUAGUCGGCCCACCAGAUUGGACCGUUUACCCGAAAACGAGACGAAUAAUCCGUCUCAAGAAGGGUGACAUUUUUCGGGUGGAAUGUCUCUCGAAAAACGAGACGGUUUUUUUACGAAGUGUUCCCGAAUUACGGAGUGAAUUGCCAAAUUCUGAGGAAGAGAAAGCAGCCCUAUUUCACAAUCGGGAUUUGGUCUCGUUUUACAAAAGUGCUGAAAUUCUGUACACGACAAGUUUCCAGGGAAAUGAUGGAGGAGUCGGGAGGGUCGAGUGUGUAAGGAAAGUGGAUAACGCGACCCUGUUCCAGUGGCAGUAUCAAGUUUCGAACGAAACGGCCAAAUCCGGAGUGCUGGAUACCCGUCGGUUUCUUAAUUCCUGCCCGACCUUCACCCGCCCAACGAACAAUGGAACGCCAUCAACCAUGCAGAGUGAGGAAUUGGACAUUGUUUUGUUCGAGUGCGACAACUGGAUUGCUUGCAGGAUGAGCAAGUGUUUGAGAAAUUAUGUGCAGGACUCGACCUGUGUUUCGAACAAUCACUGCGUGAAGACGUUGUGCAUGCCGAAUGGGAUUAUACAAUGUCCUUCAGUGAUGGGAGUCCACGCGGAAAUUUUCUUUACGGGAUUCAACGGCGUGAAAUAUACAAACUGGAAAUCUGCAGAGACGAAGGACAUCCUCAGAAUUGUGCCAAUAAUGCCGCAAAAAUCGUCUCGUCAUCCAUCUGUAACGUUAAAAUGUGAAGGGACAAGUUUCGUCGUGUCGGGUGGGUUUAAAUGGUUUCUAAAAUUCGAGAAUGGAACGAUCCUUGACAGCCGGGCGUUUUCAAGUGAAACGACCACUCUCGAAACGUGGGGCGAUACAAAAUCCAUCCUGCGAAACAGUCUCACUUUCUCCCCCGACUUUUCCCCAGCCUCUUUGGAAUCCUUCAUUUGCUCCGCUCCCGUCUGGAAUUCGACCGACUGGAUCAACGCAACGGUACAAAUGAGGGAUGAAAUUGGCCCACUUGUGCGAAAAGCAAUGCGAGAAAAUACGCCAAGGAAUUCUUCCGUCACGUGCCUGGUGCCUGUCUGGAUUUGGAUUUUGUGCUCAUUUAAUUCAUUUUUGUAAUGUGUCACGUAUUUAUUUAUUUUGGAAAAUUGGAUAAAAAGAAAAAAUUUAUUUAGAAUGA